AUGGCGGCUCAGCCACAACCACCAACACCAUCGGUUGACCCCACCGAUCCCAAGAUCCUAAGGUGGGACGACAUCGGUUUGACCUUGAUCCUCGAUUUCAUUAGCGAAUCCGAAGAAGCGACCAUGAUCGCCGCAUUCCAUGCCGCAGAGUCAAACCACUCAGACCCCCCACUGAACACCAGGAAACGCAUCAGUCAGCACUUUGGCCACCACUUUGACUACACCACGUUUGGCGCCUCGGAAACACACUUUACCCCAGUGCCGCCCUACAUCAAAGCCAUAUUACCGCGCCUCCCCAUUCAGAGCUACCUCCCGGACCAGUUCACCGUCCAAUACUACCCGCCAGGCACAGGCAUCCCCCCGCAUGUUGACACACAUUCCAUGUUUGGCGAGGCACUAUACAGCCUCUCCUUUGGCAGUGCGGUGCCCAUGGUCUUCCGGAUGUCGGGCCCCAACGACGCGCGGAAGAUGCGCUUGCCCAAGAGGUCGGUAGCCGCAGGGAGCGGCACUCCCGACGGAAAGCAGACGACCGAUGACAAUCACGAGGAGCACAUGCAUCCCUCGUGGGAACUGAUCCUCCCGCCCCGCUCCCUGCUUCUCAUGACGGGAGCUUCUCGGUACGGCUACACGCAUGGCAUCAGGCCCCGCAAGACCGAUGUCAUCGACGGCCAGACCGUACGGCGGCAAGGGAGGUAUUCUAUCACUAUGCGCACCGUCAGACGUGGGAGCGAGAUUGGCUGUCAGUGUGAGUUCCCGGGGGUCUGUGAUGCCAGGAUAAGGGAGGAGAUGGCGUUGGCACAUGGUCCUCCAGCCCAGCGCCCGUAG